AAUGAAUCGAAAUGGUCUUGAAAAAAUUUGUAAUUAAGCGACAAUAUUUUGGAAAUAAUAAUUCAUUCCGUCACCUAAAUAAGAUUAAGAUAUUUCUACAAAUGUUGGUUCAAAUAUCUUAGAAGAAGAAUCUAUAUUUGAAUUAUCUGCCAAAAAAACCGAAUAAUAUCUGUUUCCAUAUAGUGAAAGAUAAUAAUUAAGAAAUGAAAAAUCAGAGUAAGUCAUUUCUGAAGAAUUGAUUAAAAAAUAGUAGCAAUUUGAAUUGGAAGAUAAUUAUGAUGUAGAGGCCAGUUGUUCAUAGUGUUCAGAUUGUUAAACAAAAAGAAAGGAUAAAAAAAAAUUAAAACCACGGUCUUGUAGAUCAAGUAUACAUAUAUAUUAUAUACCAGCUAAAUAACGGUUCACAAUAUCUGAAGAAGCAUUCAUUAUAGAAUAAUCAAGAAAAGGAACUAGUUUUACAGAUAUUGCUUAAUAAAUUCCAGGUUCUACUGUAAAUUAAGUCAAACAUCAUCUGUUAAAAAAACUUAAAAUUUGUAGUAAAAAUACUGAUCUUUAAGGAGAUAGUAUUGCUGAAAUAAUCUUAAAAAUUUAAUAAUUACAAUAGUAAUUCACUAUUAAUAUUUUAGAAAUCAAAAUAUAGAUAAUGCUAUCAAAAUAUAAGAACUUAGAUAGCAUAUAUCUUUAAUAGAAAAUCAUUUGCAUUAAACUAAAUAAAUGAUUCUUCAAAAGUAUAUGAUAUUAUUUCAAUAAUAAUGA